CAGAUAUGAUGGAGAAGGAAUUGAUCCUUGUUGGAGCUACUGCUGUAGAGGACAAACUGCAAAAGGGGGUUCCUCAAUGCAUAGAUAAUCUUGCCCAAGCUGGUCUCAAGAUAUGGGUUUUGACAGGAGAUAAGAUGGAGACAGCAAUAAACAUAGGAUACGCCUGCAGUUUACUUCGACAGGGUAUGAAGCAGAUAUCCAUUUCAUUUGCUAAUGUAGAGGAAUCAUCUCAAAACUCCGAAACUGCUGCAAAGGAGAGUAUUUUGAUGCAGAUCACAAAUGCCUCACAGAUGAUCAAAAUAGAAAAAGAUCCACAUGCAGCGUUUGCUUUGAUCAUUGAUGGGAAGACACUUACAUAUGCUUUGAAGGAUGAUGCCAAGUACCAGUUUCUUGCACUUGCAGUUGUCUGUGCAUCAGUAAUCUGCUGUCGUGUCUCUCCUAAACAGAAAGCACUUAUAACAAGGCUAGCGAAAGAAGGAACAGGGAAGACAACUUUGGCAAUCGGUGAUGGUGCAAAUGAUGUUGGCAUGAUUCAAGAAGCUGAUAUUGGUGUUGGCAUCAGCGGCGUUGAAGGCAUGCAGGCUGUAAUGGCAAGUGACUUCUCCAUAGCCCAGUUUCGCUUUCUGGAGAGACUACUUGUUGUCCACGGACAUUGGUGCUACAAGAGAAUAGCCCAAAUGAUCUGUUACUUCUUCUACAAGAACAUAGCGUUUGGCCUAACUCUCUUCUACUUCGAAGCCUUCACCGGAUUUUCUGGUCAAUCAAUAUUCAACGACUCCUACUUAUUACUCUUCAACGUUGUUCUCACUUCUCUCCCCGUCAUUUCUCUCGGAGUUUUCGAACAAGAUGUUCCUUCUGAUGUCUGCUUAGAGUUCCCUGCAUUGUAUCAACAAGGCCCCAAGAACCUGUUCUUCGACUGGUACAGGAUCCUCGGAUGGAUGGGGAAUGGAGUUUACGCAUCCAUAGUCAUCUUCACACUCAACCUCGGAAUCUUCCAUGUCCAAUCAUUCCGCUCUGAUGGCCAAACCGCAGACAUGAACGCCAUGGGAACCGCCAUGUUCACUUGCAUCAUAUGGGCAGUAAAUGUACAAAUAGCUCUCACCAUGAGCCACUUCACUUGGAUCCAACACGUAAUGAUUUGGGGAAGCAUAGGAGCUUGGUACAUCUUCCUCGCCCUUUACGGUAUGCUACCACCAAAACUCUCUGGUAACAUCUUCCACAUGCUCAUCGAGGUUCUAGCGCCUGCGCCGAUCUUCUGGCUUACCACACUCCUGGUCAUUGCCGCUACAACGCUCCCUUACUUGUUUCACAUCUCGUACCAAAGAUCGGUGAACCCUCUUGACCAUCACAUUAUACAAGAGAUCAAGCAUUUCAAGAUUGAUUUAGAGGAUGAGAGAAUGUGGAAACGAGAGAAGUCCAAGGCUAGAGAGAAGACAAAGAUUGGUUUCACGGCUAGAGUUGAUGCUAAGAUCAGACAGCUAAGAGUGAAGCUUCAGAGGAAACAUUCGGUGUUGAGUGUCAUGAGUGGGACUUCUUCUAAUGAUACAACUUCAAACUCACAACAGACUUAAUUUAAGAUCAAGUAAAUUUUGUUUUAACUCCAUUGUUUUAUGAGAUAUUGCACUCCCUAUACAAACAUAACUCUAUAAUUUGCAUGGAUGGAAGUUUGCUUUUCUUA